CAUGCCACGUUCACUUCAUUAACAGAUCCGACAGAUCGGAUGUGCAGCAAAGGUCAUAGAUUUCAGUGAUCAUAUUGAAGCAGAUGAUGAGCAGAUGAAUAUGGCGUUUACAUUGGGUAGUCCACGGGACAAGAAGCCUUACCACAGUGUCCAGGACGGCGUACAUCGUCCAUUCUGUCAAUACUGAAUUAUCAGCUUUAUAUCUUAGUACCACAGAAACAUUAGGAGUGUGGCGGACCGGGUUCAGGGGCAUGCUUCAUAAAUACUGGAAGGCCUAUCACUGAGUAAUAUAUAUAGGCAGAGAUAUAUAGCCCCAUGCCACCAAUGGAACCUCAUGGUACAUAUGGCUCCUAUAGGUUCUGCAGAUUAUUCGCAGAAGUUAUAUGUAUUUAGAUAUUACUGUUGAUUCAUAACAUCACUGAACAGGAAAGCGCUACGUUCUAGACUACAAACAGUUUGAAGAGACAUUCAAGCACUGAGGCCAUACUUACGUUAUACCACUGUUAAGACAUAGAGUAAAACUUAAUUAACACUGAUUCAUUUUGCCUCGAUAGUGUAAUGAUGUCAUUGAGAGUCCAUUGCCAGCCUCUUCAGCCACACCAGUGACUGGCUGGCAAACUCAGAAGAGAGAGAGAGAUCUACAGAUAACAAGCCACAUUGGCGACAUGGAGAGCAAGACGACUCCCGUACCGCUGAACAUCCUGUGGCCUAAAGAGGUGCAUCUGCUGCCACCAUGAAACUCAAGCAGUUUAUGGCCAAUACAUUACCACGUGCCAGGGGAAAAUCGAAACGCAAACAGCAGUCUUUAUCUUCUGCCCAGGAGCUGACACAAGUGCAACCCACGGCAGACCCACAUAACAUACAGCAAAACGGACCACAGGUGGCGCUAUCGGUACACAUCAAUAAAUAUGUUGCAGGAAGUGAACUUGAUAACAAGGACGUGGCACGCAAUUACAGCGAUCCACUUUUUGUAAAUUUAAACUUCGGUGAACGCCAGAGCAAAUGCGCAUGCUAUAAGCAUGUGAUCAUAGACGAGCACAAUUUCCCGCCAUUGCACGACAAAAACGCAGAAAACUGUCCUGCGGACUUUGAUCUUACUUCCAGUUGGACAGAUAAUAAUUACAAUACACUUCCCAGAGUUAGGCCAAGAAUUAAGACGAACCCUUGGUUACCGUCUCCUAGGUCAUCGCCCAGUACAUCACCAGGGUCAACGCGCACGACGUCAUCCACUGUCUCAUCUCCGGCCGACGGCAGCCAAGCAGCACUGGAAGAUUCUGCACUAGAAGAGCCAAGCUCAACUUCGGGUGAGUGUAACGAGGAAUCCAAAGAGCUAUCUAAAACGAAGGAUUAUUUCCCCACAGAUCAUCUUUGUGGUGAAAUGCCGUCGCUUGACAGCUCAAUUAUGACGUCGAUGACCUCUGAUAGCGGGCGGUUCUCUAUGACUGGAAGUGAUGUGAGUUCUUUGGUCAGUUCCACCAUGUCUGAUGGCUGCGAGCCAGUGACCAGGCAAGCACCAGCAUUAUCACCUUCAGACGUGAAGCCCCUAGAGGCAAUAUGUUUGUCAGAUGCCGUACAAACACCAGAUACAAUCUGUGACACAAAUGAAAGUCGCCUAUCAGCUUUAUCUCAAGCACCAGACAUAUACAUUCGCACUGAAGCAGGACAGAGCGUACAACAAGAAGAAGAAGAACCAGAUCUCCUGAUUCAGUUUCAGAGUCUCAUUCCCAAUGAUGAUGAAGAAGAUAUAAACUAUGAGGAAUUGUUUGAAAAGAACAUCGAAUUGGUGACCUCGGAGAGCGGCUUUUCUUUCGACCAGUGUGUCAUGGAUGAAGAGGGCAGUCUAAGUGACGACUUCCUGGAGUCAGGAGUGGACAUUUUUGCUGAUGAGUGUACAGAUGAGUUUCUCUUUCAAACGGCAACAGGCCGCGAUUUUGAAGAUAAAACUGACAGGUCUGAGACCUGUGAUAACCAACAAGAGGAACAUGGUGCUGUAACCGUGGAGAAAGGCCAACUGCUGGCGACCCCUGCAAGGAUGCAUGGGAGUUACUACGAUCAACUUGUCGAGGAUAUCUGCAAAGACGCCAUUGCAGCUGCUAAAAUCGAGAUCAAGACUGAAAUCGAUUAUCCGUCGAAAUUAAAUCUUUCAGAUGACUGUUGUAUUAAUGAACCCGCUUUGGAUCGAGAUAAUUGUACAGCGUCGCUGGUGAAUAAGAGUAAAGAAAGUUUUCGUACCGAUACAAAAGAGAGCCUACAAGAAAAAGUGAGGCGUUUGAAGGCCGGUAGACGCAUCAUUGAAGAGAAAAUAAGAGAGGCCCAGGAAGAGGAGCAGCUUCGUCUUGAACAGCGCAUGCGCUUCCAGAGGCAAAUCACACUCCACCGGAAAGAGAUGUUGCUUAAAACUCUCGGAAAUUUACGGGAAAAGUUGGCAGACCAAUGUACACGCCUUCAAGCCAGCUAUAAUAACGUGCUAGAGAUGCAGAGAAAUAUCCUUCGACAGCAUUCUCGUGGCGACCUAAUGCUGAGCGGGUCAACAUUUGAGCUCACUGUGUGAACUAUCCAAGUUCAAAAACCAAAUGUAAAAAACGAAACGCUUGGGCGCCCAGAAGGCAAGCUAAAGAGUGAAAAGAAAUAAAAAAAGGAAAUCGUGAUGAAAAUAUUCUAACACAUUGUCGUGCUACUUUAUACUUGAGCUGAAUCACGUAACGGGGGUACAUAAAUUGGUAAUAUAUGUAUAUUGAACAACACGCUAGUAUGUGCUAUGUGAAUAACAUUUUUUUGUCAAUUUACAUGAGUAUGUGAAGUAGGUUAAAACACUGAUAUAUGUUGGCUUUUCAAAACGUACCAGAAUAAUACCGUGCAGAACAUUGAUUACCUGAAAAUGUGAACUUGAUGCUUGGCAUGUUCAUCACGGUCGUGUUGAUAUCAAACAAAACAAGGAAUUUGUUUGUCUAAGAUCGAUGUGCUGAUAUGUAAUAUUGAGUAUUCACAUGUAAAUUAUUGUAGGUGUGAAGAUACCGUGGUGAAAUUUAAUUCAUUAUAAAGGAGAUCGGUAAAUCAUUAUUUUCAUCAUAUGUGUCUAACACAAUGUAAAGCAUUUUAAAAUGCGACUAUGUAGUGGCUGAAUGUGGAAUGCUGCCGGUUUAUUAAUGUUAAGCUUUUAAUAUUCCAUAUUGAUAUCUCUAUAGUGCUUCACAUAUACAAGAACAUGUUCAAUGCAAAUUUCGUUACGUGUUACCAUAUCAGAAGUUCAUUAAAAAUGAGACGGCUUUCACGACAAUCUUCAACUUCAGAGACAUCUAGGGGAAUUAGUUGAAGACCAAAGAAACUUGAUGGCCAUUGUUUAUGCAGGUUUUAGCCUGCAGCUUUACAAUAGUCAGCUAAUUAGAUGUUAUUUUAAUGAGUACUGAUAUCACCGCCUGUUGGCACAAUAUUAUGUGUUCUGAGACUACAGAUCUACAAGCACACAUGUGCAUGAUGUCUUUCAGAAAGAAGGUUGUCGGUAUUUGAAGUAUUUAAUUAUUAUAGUUAUUUUGUUGCUUUUCCCGUCUUUUAAUUUUCUGUGAUAUUUGGAUACAAUUGUGGUCUGGAACUGUGUUAGAGGCAUGUCAUAUACACCAUAUCCACUUCAAAGCCGUGUGGACUGUAUAAUGUAUCCAAGGUGCCAAACGUAGGAAUUCUCCGAGAAAACUAACACUUAUGAAGAAUUUCUCUUUAGACUACCUGGAGUAAACGACAUUUGUCUAAUCAACAUUUGAUCCACCUAUCCCGACAGUUGCCAUAAAUGUGCUACAAUCUUGGAAAUAAGCAAUUCUUUUAUAGCGUGGUCGGGUUUUUCAAUGGCCGUCAUCACUUUAAGCACUGAGUUCCUGGUUGAGCGUGAAUCAAAACUGUGUCAAGAUGUUAAACAGGUGGCGAGGUUUGAUAUUUCAAAUUAUUUUGGCAACAUUUAAUGAUGGCAUUUACCUGUAAAAAAGAUCAUAAAGCUGUUCUUAGAUAUUUUUAACAAGAUGUGAUUUAUCUACUUGUAAGUAAAAAAACGUGUAUUAAAAUAUUGCGCUUUGUCUC